AUGGCCGGCAUCAAGACCCUCAUCACCUACCCCAAGUCCGCCAACUUCAAGGCCGACUACUACACGGCAACCCACCUGCCCCUCGUCAAGAAGACCUGGGGCCCCUCCGGCUUCAUCAGCGCAGAGCUCCUCGACCACUCCAAAGACGACUCCUCCCCCUUCUCCUACAGCCUCAUCAUCACCUGGAAGGAUGAGAACAGCCCCCGCGCCGCCUUUGCCGACCCCGCCACCAAGCAGGUCAUCGACGACAUCCCCAACUUCAGCUCCGAGAAGCCCACCAUCUUCUCCGGUGCCGUCGUUCACCAGGUCUAG